AUGCUUUACCCACUCGAUAACCCCCGCCUGUCGUUCUGGCAGCGUCUCGCUGAACAACCAUACCCUGCCAAACCGCAGGGCCUCCCCGUAGCCGACUGGGCGUUCGAACUCUCUCUGUCACCCUGGGUACCUCUGCUCGUUGGUGUGGUCUACCUGUUUGCCACACACGCCACCAACCACCGGUUUGGUCCCGGCAAACCCAAACCCGCUGACCUGGUCAAACAAUCCUACGGUCUCUCACAAACCGUUCUGGGCCACAACAUUCUGCUCGCUGCUUACUCCGGUUGGACCUUCUUCCACGCUGCCACACGAAUCUUCAGCUACUUGUUCGGGGGAGCUGCUUCUGGCGGUUUUGCGGGCUUGACCAACGCUUACUGCACGGUCCCGAUCGCCGAUGCAUCAUUCGCCGGACUCGGAAUCUACGUCUGGCUCUUCUACAUUUCGAAAUACUACGAGAUCAUCGAUUCGGUCAUUCUGAUCCUCAAGGGGAAGCCGGUCAGCAACCUUCAGUCUUACCACCAUGCGGGCGCUAUCCUCUGCAUGUGGGCUGCCUACAGGUACAGCGCACCGGCGGUGUUCAUCUUUCUCCUGUUCAACUCGCUCGUGCACACACUCAUGUACACCUACUAUUCGAUGACCGCCAUGAAGCUCCCCUUCACCGGAGGACUCAAGAGGAGCAUGACGACGAUCCAGAUCACUCAGCUCGUCGUAGGCUGUGCGCUCGCUUCGUCGUAUGCUUUUGUCACUUACGACCCUACCGCCUACCCAGCGGGCGCGGUCCCUACUCCGGGCCGACACGUCCUCAACCCGGUCUCUGCAGCUUACACUUCUUUCGGAACAGCGUCCAACGCUACGGUUGGCACCUGGCUGGCGUCUAACACUAAACAGGCCGUGCAGACGAUCCAACAAUCCAUCCUCAAGAGCCUAGGUGUCGACAACAAGACAAGCUGUGUCGCCACCUCGGGCCAGCUCUUCGCUGUCGCGUUGAACGUCGCCUACCUGAUCCCGCUUAUCUACUUAUUCGUCAGCUUUUACAUUCGAAGCUACAAGAAAAAGGCUGCUGCCAAGGGUGCCAAGAUUCAGUAG